AUGCGGGGCCUGGCGGCGGCCGCGCUCCUGCUCCUGCCGCUGCUGCUGCAGAGCGGCGCGGGCUGGCGCGGCGCGGGCAGGGCGAGGCGGAACGUGGACCCCGAGACCAGCAUGAACAUCAGUCAAAUUAUCACGUUCAGGGGAUAUCCUAGCGAGGAGUAUGAAGUGACAACAGAAGAUGGAUAUAUCCUUUCCAUGAACAGGAUUCCUUAUGGAAGAAAAGGUUAUGAGAGAAGCAAAGGUCCAAAGCCUGCUGUGUUUCUGCAGCAUGGUUUGCUUGCGGAUGGCAGUAACUGGAUCACAAACUUGGAUUACAACAGCCUGGGCUUUAUGCUGGCAGAUGCUGGCUAUGAUGUAUGGUUGGGAAAUAGCAGAGGGAACACCUGGUCCAGAAAACAUAUACACUUCACAGUGAAGCAAGAAGAAUUCUGGGUUUUCAGCUUUGAUGAAAUGGCUAAGUACGACAUUCCAGCCUUUGUGGACUUCAUUUUGAAGAAAACUGGCCAGGAACAAGUCUUCUACGUUGGCCAUUCGCAGGGCACCACAAUGGCUUUCAUUGCAUUUUCAACGUUACCAAACCUGGCUAAGAAAAUCAAAAUGUUCUUUGCCUUGGCACCUGUAGCUACGAUCAAGUUUGCUACGAGUCCUUUGGUAAAAUUGGGGGUAUUUCCUGAUCUGCUACUCAAGGAUAUGUUCGGAAAGAAACAAUUCCUUCCUCAGAAUUUUUUGCUGAAAUGGCUUGCUACGCAUGUUUGCACCCACAGACUUCUUGAUGACCUGUGUGGCAACAUAUUCUUUCUUCUAUGUGGUUUUAAUGAGAAAAACUUGAAUAUGAGCCGAGUGGAUGUGUAUUCAACACACUGUCCUGCAGGCACAUCUGUACAAAACAUGAUCCACUGGAGCCAGGCUGUGAGAUCUGGGGAGCUCAAAGCUUAUGACUGGGGAAGCAAGGCUGCAAAUAUGGCUCACUACAAUCAGUCUACUCCCCCUUUCUACAAAAUAAGAGAGAUGACUGUGCCAACUGCUGUGUGGACUGGUGGACAGGACUGGCUGGCAGACCCAAAGGAUGUUGCCAUGCUGCUCACUCAGAUCACAAACCUGGUUUACCACAAAAACAUUCCAGAAUGGGAACAUUUGGAUUUCAUCUGGGGUCUUGAUGCACCUUACCGCCUAUAUAAUGAAAUAAUGAAUCUGAUGAGAAAGUAUCUCUAAACCUGAUAGGUAUUUCAUGAGGGUUGAUCCAUCGGAAAUUCAUCUUUCCGAAACUUGUGCUUUUUUGGCAGUGAUGCUACCCUGUUUAUUUAUGAUGCAUUUUUAAAAUGCCAGCAAUGACUACUGAACUGGAUUCUCAUAUAUAUUUUUUUUCUCAGUAUUAUUGCUCUCUGCUGCAGAAAUCUUCAUUGUUUCCUGCUUAUUUUGCACACAGUGGCAUAAUGCUUAGAAAACACCAGUUUGUACAGAGAAAGCAUUUCCAAUGCUUACAUGGUUAGUGACAUGUCUAAAAGACAUGUAGUCCCUUCAGCACCUCAGGUGCUUGACAGUUCCAACACUUAGUAUUUUGCCAUGCAUAAAGCACUGUUGUUUUUCAGUAUAUUAUCAUUUCUAAGUACCUGUUAGAGGUACUCCUUGUACUGCAGGGAUCUCAUGUAGUGCCGGUACUUUAAAAAGCACUUAGCAACUUUUUUCUGUUAUUGUGUUGCUCACGUCAAACAAGCUAGCUACAUCUAAUGACUUUCUUUUUGAAUGUUGUCCAAACGAGUGUCAUGAAGCCAGACAGUAUCAACACUGAGAAUUGAAAUUUCUUCUUUUGGGAUUGAUUCACUACUGUAUUUUUCUUGAUCUCAAUGAUGUUCUUGAAGCCAUUCAUGUUUUGCAUACCAGCUAGGGAUGAGAAUUGUCUUUUGCCCUUGCAGAUUCCUCGAACAAAUAGUUAAAGGAAAUACCACUUUUUUUUGGUCAGGUCUGUCAAUAGGUUGUGAGUUUCAAAGAUGCACAUACUGAUGUUUUGUUAGCAGUGGUAAAAUGGUCACUGGAAAACAAGACUACUGGGGUAGGAAGGACCAAAGUAGCUAUUCUGUGACUCAGGCAGCUUCAUUUUUUUUUUUUUUUGGACUUCGCUCUUAAUCAGCUGCUGCUUUGAAAAAUCUUACUUCGUACAUACUUACAUGGUACUUGCCACCAGUGUGUUCAGAACUUGAAGACACCUUGGGAAAGCUUGGCAGUAUUUGUCUGAAUUUCCGUUUCCCUCAGUUUUUCUCUUUAAUGAGGCUAAGCCCCCCCACUUAGCGGAGGGGGGAGGAUUUACUUCUGCUUUAGGGUCUGACUUCAGGGCUGUCACUGUCUCUGGCAUAGGUGCCUUGCUCUUCUCAGUGACCGUGUGGAACAUUUUGGCUCCUCUGGACUGCAUGUGAGUUCACAAGCCAAAUGUAGCUGAAUAAAGACUCUCCAAAGCAAGUUAUCUUAGUUCAAAUAAUAAUUUCUGUGCCAAAGUUGCAGACUUUGAUCUGUUCAACACAGAUCUCUGUCCAUACAAUCCUAACAGGAGGAACAGUCUUUUCCACAUGACGUGACAAAUAC